AUGGAGAGGGUAUAUGCAGCCGAACCAGUUUGCAAGUUUUUCUUGAGAAAUGGUGACGAGUCCGGUUCUUUCUUUUCUCUCUUCAUGUUGGGGCAAAGCGACAUCGUUUUCAAGGCGUGGACACAUCUUAAGAAUGUGAUACUUGAAGGGAGAGAUGGAUUCAGUUCUGCCUAUGGAAUGAAACUCUUUGAAUACAUUGCUUUGGAUGAACCACACGGUAAUCUGUUUAAUCGAGCAAUGUCGGAAUCUUCGAUCAUAAUCAUGAAAAACGUUUUAGAAGUUUACAAAGGAUUUGGAGAUGUUAACAUUUUGGUGAAUGUGGGAGGAGGACUUGGCACAGUACUAGGUCUAGUCACAUCCAAGUAUCCUCAUAUUCAAGGCAUCAAUUUCGAUUUACCCCACGCUUUAGCAGCUCAAGCUCAUCCUUAUCAUGGUACAGUUUUCUUUGAUUAG